AAAAUAUAUAUUUGUAUUCAUCAAAGAAAUAAAGAAGAACAGUAAAAUGAAUAACAAAGAUUAUACAAAUUUAUUUGGUACAAUGGAAACUAAACGUGUAUUGAAAGCUGAUUAUCCUACAGAAAGUUCAUCAUUAGGAGUACCAAUACCAAUAAGGAAGAAUGGAGAUCUUAAUUCUUUACAAGAUUAUGGAUUUGAAUUGUUUGAUUCAAAUAAUGAUCUUAUUCAAGAUCCUAUGGUAGUCAAUAAUGCAGAUCAGAAUUUUUUUACUACUAAUGAUACUGGAUGGAUUGGAAGAUCUGAUGAAAUGUCUUUUAUCAAAAUGGAUGAAGACAUAUUUCAGGUGGAUCAAUCAGAUUUACUUCAUGGACCAACAUUAGCUGAAUUAAAUGCUAAUGGUGGUGAAUCUUUAUUGGAAGACCUUAAUUUCGAUGAUCUGCUUUUACCACCUGAUUCAGUAAAAUCUGGAAUAUCUGAUACAGUUCCAUUAAUGAGUUCAUAUUUGGUAGAUGUUGUGAAUACCAGCCCAGUCAAUCGACCAAGCUCGUCAAAAUCUGGUUUUCAGCUUUCACCAAACAGUUGCAGUUCACGUUCAUCGCUUUCUCCAGGUCCAACAAAUUCAGUAACAUUACAAGAACUAUUAAAAAAAGAAACAAAAUCACAAAAGUGUUUGUCGCCACCUACAUUUGGAACAAGUGUUCCAGGAUCAGGAUUUUUAUUGUCUAACAGAUCCAGAGGAAAUCUUUCUUCUUCAGCUCCUACUCAUCUUGGACUUGAACAGAUUUGGCAGCGCAGAGAACCUAGACAACAUUUACUGUCCACUGGAUCAUUAGUGGAAGCAGGAUCUACUUCCUCUCUAUCAACUGGAGGGGUUUUGAGCCCAGAAGCAUAUGAUUUCUCUUUAGAUGAAGCCAUAGAUGAUUCGGAUGAUGAUACAGAACAAGAAGAAGAUUAUUCAUCUGAUAACGAUUCAGGUGGCGAUAGUGAUUGUGGUGGUGCAUCAUCUAAAUCAUCUUCACAUAAAGACCGAUUUUUUUGGCAGUAUAAUGUUCAGUCUAAAGGUCCUAAAGGUCAAAGAUUAGUUUUAAAAAGUAAGCUAGAGGAUCCACAUUGUUUAAAUGAGGUUACUGAUCCAGUAUUUAGUCCGAGUUGCUCAAUACAAGGCAUUAAGCAUAGUGGUAAAGCCAGAAAGGGAGAUGGUAAUGAUUUAACGCCUAAUCCUAAAAAAUUACAAUCCAUUGGCAGGGAAUUAGAUAAACUAAAUAGAAGCAUAAAUGAAAUGACACCAGUCAGCGAAUUGCCAUUUAAUGUUAGACCAAAUACCCGGAAAGAGAAGAACAAAUUGGCUUCCAGAGCAUGCCGGUUAAAGAAAAAAGCUCAACACGAAGCGAACAAAAUAAAACUUUUUGGCUUAGAAACUGAACACAGGCGGUUAAUAAAUGCUAUAUCUCAAGUUAAACAGAUGUUAGUGACUCGAACAACCAGUGACUCAUUUCCAAAAGAAAGUCAAGAGCUAACAAAGGCUAGUGAGAAAAUUGCUAAAAAUGCAACCAGACUAAAAGUUGCCGGACAAAGCACAGAAUUUGUGAACAAAGUUCUGGAAAACCAAAUUAGGUGCACGACGAGGUGGCUUGGAUGAGCUAUAGUUGCCAAAGGUCGAAUACCGUUAACCUAGUCUUUAUAUGAGUAACUAAUUUAAGUAAUUAUUUACGAUAUUGAUGCCAAUAUAUUUUUUACAAUUAAGUUGUUCAUCAAUAGAGUCAUUAAUAUUAUUAUUGCUACUAUUGUUUUUAUUUUAAUACUAUUAUACAGUCAAUUAUAAAAUCCUACUACUUCCCAGAGAGUAUGUUUAUUUGUAUGAGUACUAAUGGUUUUUUUAAAAAAAAAUAUUACUUGAUUUGCCCUUAUCAAAUUAAACUGUUAUGUUUUGCCAAAUUUA